AUGAGCACAUCAAAUAUUGAAGACGUCCGAAAGGGUAUUGAAUCGACCAAUAAGUCCAUCGCCAAAUGCAACAGUGAUAUCGAAUACCACACUGCCUUACUCGCCAGAGCUAAACUUAACAAUUGUGAUAUAAUCGAACGCAACAAGCUCAAGUUCGAGAGAGCCAACAUCAACCUUGGUGCUGGUAAGCACGAUUCCGACGGAGAUUACGAACUGGUGGACCGAUUAGUAUCAAUGGUCGAGGAGGUUAUUGAAGUAAACAAGACCGCCAUUGCGCGUUAUAAGCAACAACUUGAGGGACUUGAAAAGAUACUUAAGGAGCUACAGUAA